CCUAAAAAUUAAAGAACUAUCUGAAAAAAGCGGUUUGGGAGAUCUUUAUAAAUCUUUGCUCCAACCUGCAAAAGUAACGAAUGCAAGGAAUCGAAUUAUUGAUCUACAACACCAAGAUGUGCAUGUUGUAGUGAAAGCAAUAGCACGUGCACUUUCAAAAACAUCUGAAGAUUGCAAUGAAAUAUUGCUUUCAGGAAUAAUUGACAUUGGGAGUCUACUAGCAAAGCGUUCACAACUACUAAAUGAAUUAAAAAAAGAAAAGGUAUGGGAUUUACUCGAUGAACCCAUAGCUCUUAUCCAAUUGCCCGAUGGAUGUGAAGACUUUGUAAACAGAUGUAUUGGAGCUUUUACAAAGGACAAAGAUAUUAAAACUCCAAAAACAAACCGAAGUUUCUUUAUCGGAGUUAAGAACUUAAUUAUGUCUAUUGUUAAAUUAUGGCAGCAUCCGUCAUACCAAGUUGAUGUGCCAGAUAUCAAUGAGUCCACAUGGGGACAUAAAGUUUUGCAACCUAUUGUGGACUUUAUUGAAAAUGGCAAAGAACCUGACCUUUUAGUAAGAUGCAAGGCUACACUGGAACGAAACGGAGCUCAAGGCCCUGAUAAAAAAUUUGAUAUUUUCGGGGUUUAUAAUGAUAAAAUUUCUGACAUGGAAAUUUUAUUAGGGGAAAUUUCUUAUGGUCCAAAAGAUGAAACAAAAAAGCAUACGGAGGGUGAUAGAACAAAACUAUCAAAAGGAUCGAAAGAUUCUUUUGAUAGUAUUUUAAGGAAUCACCCGAAUCCAAUGUUUCGGAUGAGGAAGUUGAUAACUGUUGAGAUCCCUUUUAGAAUGGGAUCUCAAUUAAUAAAAUUUAUCAAGGCAUUAUAUACCUUUAGAAAAUAUGUGCACGAAACAUUGGACUAUAUAAAAGAGGUAAAUGUUGAUGAUAAUGAAAGUAAACCUGAAGCCUCUGAAAAUGAAAGCGAUGAUGUUGAAAGUGAUGAUGUUGAAAGUGAAAAGGAGGAUAUUACUAUCCCUACGUUCGACACCCCAGUUGCAAACAAAAUUUCUAAAAGA